AUGACAGAAAAAUUGCAGGAGAAGACCCAGUCCAAAAAGCCAGACUCCGCCGACGCUGCAGUCGAUCCGGACUACGAUCGGCAAGAGGAAGUCAAGCUACGAUGGAAAAUUGAUCUUCGACUCGUGCCCAUCCUAUGGCUCAACAUCACCCUCCCGGCAAUGGACAAAGUUACCCCCUCCACGGGCGCGCUGUACGGGAUGCGCGACGACUUGGGCUUGGAGGGAGAUCAAUAUGCCUGGGUGAGUUCAGCAUUCUACUUCGGCUACCUAAUCUGGUGCCUCCCCUCCUCCCAAAUCCUCCAACGCCUUCCCAUCGCAAAAUCAAUGUGCGCCGUCAUGAUAGCCUGGGGCAUAGUCCUCAUCGGCGCAGGGUUUACGCGCUCCUUUGUCCCCAUGGUCGUCACGCGCGUCUUACUCGGUGCCCUCGAGGCCCCCGUCGCGCCGGGAAAUUUUGUGAUUAUGACAAUGUGGUAUACCCGCCAAGAACAGCCCGUCCGCGCGGGGUUAUUCUACACGGGCCUUUCAACCAUCAUCACGGGGACGAUGGGCUGGGCUGUGGGGUUUAUUCCCGGCGAGAACGCCUGGCGCUCGUUCUUCUGGAUUACGGGUGGGAUUUCGAUCGUGUAUGGGGUUGUGGUGGGUGUGUUGUUACCGGAUAACCCCGUCUCUGCGGAAUUUAUCUCGGAGAGGGAGAGGUUUGUGGCCGUGGAGCGGUUGCGUGGUGAUCAGCUGGGUAUUGAGAACAAGACGUUUUCGAGGCGGCAUUUUUGUGAGACGUUGGUUGAUCCCAAGACGUGGCUCAUGUUUGCUUUCAAUGUGUGGGUGUCGAUACCCAAUGGAGGGUUGACGAACUUUGCGCCGUUGAUUGUUAAUGGGCUUGGGUUCUCGCCGCAGAGAUCGACGUUGUUGAUGAUGCCUACGGGGGUCGUGCAGACUUUGAGUAGUUAUGUUUGUAACUUUGGGGUGUUCUGGUGUGUGAGACGGUUUGGGAAAGGUGUGCAGGCGAGAGGGCUAUUUGUGGUUUGCGGAUUGCUUGUUGGGAUGGUUGCUACUGUUUUUUUGUACACUUUGCCUAUUGAUAAUUAUUCGGCAAGGUUGUGGGCUUUGUAUUGGUCUUAUUUCUAUCUUGGGCCGUAUAUUGUUGGCUUGGGCAUGAAUAGUGCCAACACGGCAGGCCACACCAAAAAGGUCACGACGAACGCUAUCGUCUUUGUGGCAUAUUGCAUCAGCAACAUCGUUGGCCCCCAAUUCUUCAAGGCGGCUCAGGCGCCGCUUUAUCCCCUCGGCAUGGGUGCCAUGCUGGUCUCGUACGCUCUGAGCAUCUUCACUAUGGGGCUUUACAUGCUGUACUGUUGGAGCGAGAACCGGAGGAGAGACCGACUGAAUAUUGCGCGGGGAGGUAGCCGAGUACAUUUGGAUUCGGACUUCAGAGACUUGACGGACCGGGAGAACGUGCAUUUCCGGUAUGUUUGGUAGUAGGAAAUCGAUUAAGCAUGCGGAAAGGUGAAAGCUUGCGAAUCCACACGAUGCUUUGUUGGCUUUCACCAGUGAUUCAGCACUGGCGAGUGACAAUGAAUCCAC